AUGAAAUCCAUUUUCAACAAUGUGUUACAAGAAGAUUUCAUAAACCAAAAAUCAUCUAAGAAAAUUACAAAAUAUCAGUCUAAAAACCAUAGAUUUAUUAGAAUAAUCCCGCAAAAGGAUUCUGAAAAAUUGAUCAAUCUAAAUAGAGAACACCCAAAUCAAGUUGAUUUUGCUACUUAUAAAAAAGGUCUGCCUCAAAUAUAUCUGCAAUUAGUGUUGUUUAAAGACAAAAAGCAGUAUCGUCCAAGGGAUGUACUUAGCAUGUUGGCUCGCUUCAAUUCUGAUCCAUGCAGAUUCUAUUGUCAAUAUUAUUCGGAGAAAGAUAAUAAAUAUUGUUCAUACCAUUAUGAGACAAAAUCGUCGAGAGAAAGUCUUGGUGUCACACGAAAAAAUGUUAGAUAUCAUUUUGUCGGAUUUCACAAAAUAAAUGACUUUUCAACAGAGAAUCUUCUAAACUAUAUAAAUCUUUUUCAAAGAAAGGAGUUAUUAAAAGUAGCUGAAGAUUAUAACAAAGAGAAUCGCCUAGUUAUUAGUUAA